AUGCGACCUUGCGGCCCUCUGCCGCCGCCGGUAGUCUACGCCACCCUGGACGAACUUUCAGCCACAGUCGAUGCCCACGCAGCCAAAAACGGCUACAAGAUUGUCAAGAACGGUAUCAACAGCGGUCGAGCCCGUUUCCGAUGUGCCAAGGGCCGCAAAUGGGCAUCCAAGGCCAAACCCGAAAAUGUCUCCCACAACCACGGCUGGAACGACACCACAGCUUUUGCGCAGAAUGGAGCCCAGGCUCUGAAGCCUCAUCACGAGAAGAUCAUUGAGCUUGCGAAUAGCGGCAUUCGGCCUGCUCAGAUCCUGUCAGCGAUCCAAGCCGACGAGAUUGGUGUGUUUGGCAAAGACAUCCACAACCUCAUCCAACAACACCGUCGUGAUGAGCUCCACGGUCGAUCACCUCUCCAGACCUUGUACGAAGAUUUCCUUGUCUCCAGCGACAGCGAGUUUGAGUACCAGGAUGCUCGCGAUGCCGAAGGCCACGUCACAUCUCUCACCAUUGCACCCAAGAGUGGCCUUGAGCUACGCUCGAAGAAUCCCCAUCUUCUGCUCUUCGAUUCAACGUACAAGACCAAUUACCACAGCAUGCCCAUGUUCAACGGCUGUGGCGUCACGCAAGAGAACAAGACAUUCAACUGGGCGGUCAUCUUCGUGAGUGGCGAGAAGGAGUCAGACUACAAGGGCGCCCUCGAGUCAGCGAUGAGGAUACUUCAGAAGUACGAUAUUCCUGAUUCAGGAUGUAUUGUAUCAGACCGAGAGCUUGCCCUACUGAAGGCCUUGAGCAAGAGCAGCUGGGGGAUGAUCCCGCAUCUUUUGUGCAAGUGGCAUGUCAACAUGAAUGUACUUGCCAAGACUCGACAAUUCUUCCCUGCCGCGACCCGAGAGAAUGGCGUGUAUAAACGCCAUCCCAAGUUCAAGGAGUUUCUUCAGGAGUGGAGCAGCCUUCUUGCUGCAAGUACUCCUGAAGUGUACGAAAGCCUCGUCACCAGGUUUCAAGACCCUAGCCGCCACCCAGAGCAGGCUAUCAAGUAUGCCCUCAAUACCUGGCUAACUCCAUGGAAGAAGAACCAGCGUAGCGCCCUUGACAUCAACACGGCUCAGAGUACCAACAAGACGAGAACGGACAUCAACCAGGCCGUGUUCAGCUGGAUUCGUGGCCAGGUCUCAGUUCACGCUCUUGAGCUACUGAGUAGAGAGAUCUCGGCUUUGCCAGCACGGAAUGAGCCACUCAAGGAUACCUGUGGCCCUUGUCCUCUGAGUACAACUCAUGGGCCCCCCUGCCGUCAUGUCUUGUACAGUCACUUGACUAGCCACGGCCCCCUUGAGAUGACUCAAAUACAUCAGCAUUGGUGGAACUAUCAGAGCUGGACGGGAAGUGAGGAGAGCCAAGUUCCACUUCCUCUGAAUCCUUUAAAGGUCAAGGGUAAGGGCCGCCCAGUUGGAGCCAUCGCUACUCACAAGAAGGGUGAGGGUGCCAAUGGUACGAAGAGGCUGCCAUCUGCAUUCGAAAUUGAACAGGCUGAGGAGCAGGCAACUGCUGUGCCCCCGUCAACAGCACCAGCCGUGAUGCAGAGCAAGGGCCGGAAGCGGAAGCAGGCGGCUGUUAUCCCGGACGCGGAGGAAGUCACAACGACAUCAGAGAACGGGGGAAAUACAGCUGAGCCGAAGGUCACAAGUACAGAGCUUGGUCUACGGCGGAUCGAGCAGCACGGCGAAGAUACGUAUAAGCCAGGGACAGCUGCUCCGCGGGCGUACCAACGGGUGAUUGCAGGCCUUGAAUAUGUGGAUCCUGAAGUUGAAGAUCUACAUGACGCAAUCCUCGCCGACGCGGAUACUGCGAAAGCAGCCGAUGCAGAGGAUGACGGUUUAAUCCUGCUCGACGCGUCUAUCGCAACUACCCCGGUCCCUGCAAUGACUGUUCGCGAGAACUGGGUUCAUCGGCUUCUUGAUCGGCAUCCCCAUUUGAAGACGAAGUAUUCAAGAAAGUAUGACUAUCAGCGAGCCUUAUGCGAAGACCCAGAGAAGAUUUCAGCGUGGUUUGCACGGGUGCAAAAGACGAUCAACGAGUACGGAGUCCUCGACGUGGAUAUCUACAACUUUGACGAGGCCGGCUUCCAGAUGGGUGUUGCAAGUACAUCUAAUGUGGUUACUCGGUCUGACCGACGGAACCGACCUGUUGUUAUUCAGUCAGGAAACCGAGAGUGGACGACAGUCAUUGAAUGCAUCAACGCAACUGGUUGGGCACUUGAUCCAUUGAUUAUCUUCGAAGGGAAAGUCAACAUUUCAACGUGGUACGAAGACUCACUCUUGCCGAAGACAUGGCGGAUUGGUGUUAGCGAUAACGGCUGGACAACCAAUGAGCUUACCUUCGAGUGGCUUCGAGAAGUCUUCGAGCCACAAACUCGAAAACGGACUGUUGGUCAAUAUCGGCUUCUUAUUCUCGAUGGUCAUGGAAGUCUCCUUUGCGUUGUGAGGAAUUGCGGAGCUUUUUUGGACCUUUUCCAACAAGCGGAUAAGCCUUGCUCCACAGCUGCGCCCCACUUCCCGCAGCACCCCACACCGUCGCGCACCAUCUCCCAACGCAGCAGCUACCAACGAUCUAGCUGUCGCGCAAAGCGACCUGUCGCUUUCUUGGCUGUUGUGUGUGUAACGCUUCGCAUCCUCUUUUGGCUUCAGCGUAUGCCCGUUAUGGCCGGGUUUCGCUGUUUCAAUGGAGGGCGCUGCGUUGCCGGCAGCGCCGAAGGUGUGCCGGCGCUGUCGCGUCGAGAAAAAUAUCGACCAGUUUUACGAUCGUCGUGGCAAUGGCAGGCUUGUGUUAAACUGCCUGGAGUGCCGGGAUCGGCUUGCGGGAGCUCUGCAUCGACGGCCGCCAUCUCAGCUAUGAGCGCGAUCGGACGUGGUGAGAGCGCUGCCCUCUCUCUGCCCGACCCAGUACAUCUUGCACCGCGGCAAAACCUCACCCACCGGGUACUUGCCAGUAUGUACCAUGAGGGUGGACGUCUGGAUACGGACACGCCGGAGAUGGCGGCUGCUCGCGGCCAGAUUUCAGCCAUCCAGCGACAGCAUCGCGUCCAGCGCCGUCAGGGCGAAGAGCCCUCCCAGACCCCCACCAUGAGUGGUCUGCUUCGUCAACAACAACCGGCGAAUGCCGAGGAUGGCCCCGCCUCUGCCCAGCAGAGGGAUGAUGCACCGAGCGCCGUGAGAGACGACGAGGACAAUCCGCAGGCCACCCAACCACAGCUCCCCCGCGUUGGGCGGAUUCCUGCACGCCAUCGUCCCCCUCCCAGUUCCCCGCCACGGUCUCAUGGUCGUCAGCGUGGACGGCCACGACUUUCACGCAACCUGGUUGGCCGACCUCGUGGUCAUCGCUCCGCUGCGGUACCCCCCCGCGACGAGUCUCCACCCCGCCAAUUCGACGAACCGGGCCCCCGAUUCACAGGCGGCGACCAGGAGACGCCACUUUUGGCCGAAGACAUUGCAGUUAAGAGAGAGUUAGACGAGGCACUUGCUGCAGAGACGAUGCAGCGAUGCCUUCAGAACAAGCUUGAUUUUGGUGCCGUCCCACCCGAGUUGCCCCAACUAGAGCCGCUGGAGGAGCUUUGCAUUGCGCGUGUGCACGUCAGCGUCAAUGUCUUCACGGUAUACGAUGCUUCGCUGCGAGAGAGUGUACUAGCUAAUCAGCGUCAGGUUCGUGGGCAGCAAUACAAGUAUCGCGGGCAUGUUGUACACUUUUUGCGCGACGUGGGCAAGGUGUACUCAGAGCUUCCCUUGCUGCCCAAGGAUUUGGACAUUGUCAUCCUCCGACCGCGUGGAUCCGAAGCGGUCGAACAGAUGGAUCGACAAUUCCGCAACCGCUUCCGAGUCCGCCGAGCAGCAGUCGAGACAUGGCUCAGAUUCCUCGCCGACAACCACCUUGGCUACAGAAAUUUCACCUGCAACUACGACCUCUCCCAGUUGCCAGAGGACGGUGACGUCUUUGACCAGCUGAAUAUCCACGAGGUCGCCGAGUCUGGAGGUUUGCCUGCAGAUUCUGGCCCUGUUGAAGAACCGGAAGAGGACAGAGAGGUUGUUGACGAAGCCGCAGUGCCCAAUAUGCUAAUCCAUGGUUCGGAAUUGAACCAGCUUCAAGGGCGAGUCAAUGAUAGGGCUACUGAGGUCAAUGAGCAAGUGCCCCUAGAGUCAGUCGACCCCCAGGCUGCUCACCAGCUGCAGAUGCCUUCCAUCCGGCGCACUCCCCUCGAUGAGUUCAACCAAAAGCAUGCGCUGCUCUCUCUCGCCUGCCCGACCCUGUUCCCUCGGGGAGUUGCGGAUUUUGAUGGCCGAUUUGCCAAACACCACAGCUUCCGAUUUAUCGCGCUAAACACUCUGAUGAGGCAGCAGGCGAGGGGUCAUAGCCGAUUCUACGUCAGCAAGAACCACCGAACGCCUCUUACGAAGGAGGCGCUGCAGGAGGCGCUUGCCGAUCCGGACACGCCAGAGGCCCAGGCCAUCCUCAACCGGAUCUCUCGCUAUGCUGGUGUCAUCAAAGACACACGCCCCUUUUGGUACCGCCGACGUCGCGAGUGCAAGUCUUUUGCGCACUGUCUUGGUGUCCCCUCUGCUUUCAUCACACUGAGCCCAGCCGACCUGCACUGGCAGAGCCUCUACCAGCACAUGCCCGAGUACGAGGAGUGGAAGGCGCUUGAUGAACCGAGACGCAUGGCCAAGUCCCGCCGGCUGUUGCGGGAGAACCCGCAUAUCGCGGCCUGGCACUUCCACUCGCGGAACUCGCUUUGCAGGAAGAUUGUGCUGAAGAAAAAGUUCAAUGUGCCCGACUUUUGGUACCGGUACGAGUGGCAAGGCCGCGGCAGUAGUCAUUCUCAUGGGCUCUACUGGUUCCAUGGGAGCCCUGCUCCUGAUAUGGCAACCCCCGAGGCGAGAGAGCGCUUCGCAAGGAUCUGGGGAUAUCACGUUACAGCAGUCAGUCCGCAGCAAGAGCAGGGCGCUGACGAGGGUAACCCUCUGUCUGUUGACCCUCUGGAGACGCCCGUUACCUGGGAGUGGCUGAACAGAAUCGUCAACCGCUGUCAGCGACACCAUUGCUCGUCGACCUACUGUCUGCGGGUGACGAAGGAAGAUGCCCAACGGGCCAGAGAGGCGGCCGGGGAGAUUGUCGGUGAAGAACGGCCGGCGCCAGAGCCCACGUGUCGGUUUCUCUUCCCCCGGCCUGUACGGGGGGCGGCCGAGGUCAUCGAGAUGGCCGGAAAGGGCUGGUGGUCGUUCGAAGCCGAGCGCAACGAUACCCACCUGAACCAGUACAACCCACUUCUCUCUCUUUGCUGGCUGGCCAAUACGGACUGCUCACCCUGCACGAGUGCGGAGGCUGUUAUCAACCAUGCUGCGAAGUAUUGCAGCAAGUCCGAGACCCAGACCAGCACAUAUGCGCAGAUUGCCCAGAGUAUCCUUCCCCACAUAUCAGACAACAACCCGAUGAUUUCUUUUGUGUCAAAGAUGAUGAAUAAACUAAUCGGAGAGAGGGACUACUCUGCGCAGGAGAUCUGUCAUAUCCUCCUGGGACUCCCUCUGCAAGAGGACAGCCGAGUGGUGCAGAGCGUUGACUGUAGGCCCCGCGAGAGACACGCUCGUGCAAUUGACAUCACGGCGGAUGGCGAUAUUGAAGAGUCUCGGACAGUCUACGAGAAGUAUCUCCGACGGCCCGAUCAUAUGGAGGAUGUCUCCUACUUCGAGUUCCUACAAAAUUGGAAUUUCAAGGCGCGGAAUCCGGUGAGAUGGGCGAUUUGGCAGGCUCCCGCACUGCCCAGGGUGUUGUACUAUUACCCCCGGUACAAGCCAGUUCGCUCACAUCAGCAGUACUCCGACUUCUGCCGGGUCAAGCUGCUGCUCAGCCAUCCCCACCGCCAGACGGAAGAUCUGUCCCAGGUUGAUGAUCGACAGUUCGACAACCACGCAUCUGCCUAUCGCUACUGCCUUGAGCAUCACGACCACCCGGACGACCACUACGGCACGGUUGACGAGCCUGAUCCGUCUCCAGAUGAGGAGGAGUUUGAGCCAAAGGGGGACGCCGGGGACAUUACCCUUGAGGACUGGCAGGAGGUAGCGCGGUUGGUCCCCGACAUUGAGCUUCCCGAUGAACGGGCCGACUUGCUUGGCCGCCGAGACCUGGAUGCGCAGCUUCGCGGAGAGACUCCAGGCAAUUACGACGUGGAAGAUAUGCCUCUCACAGCCCGUGAUACGGUGAACACGCAGCAGCGUCAGGUAUACGACACGAUCAUGCGCCACUUCAGGGCGAAGAACGAGAACCGUCGGCCUCCGCCCCUCCGGCUGCAGAUCGAUGGAGAAGGUGGGACUGGCAAGUCGUAUAUGGUGAAGGUGAUAUCUUCUCACCUUCAGGCUAAGGCGGCUUCCUAUGGCCGACCCUCCCCCGUCGUUAGAGCAGCUUCGACGGGCGUGGCGAGCAACCAGAUCGGGGGACAGACUUUGCAUUCCCUGCUGCGGCUCCCCGUCGACGGCAAUUACCGCUCGCUCUCCGAGACCCCGACGACCCUCAACGCCUUGCAGCGGCGGUUCAGGGGCAUCCACUACCUCGUGAUUGACGAGAAGAGCAUGCUCGGCCUCAAGACCCUCGCGUGGAUCGACCAGCACCUACGAGAGGUGUUCCCGGAGAAUCGCGACGAGUUCUUCGGCGGCCUUAGCGUCAUCCUGAUCGGGGACUUCUUCCAGCUUCCCCCUGUUCUGAACAAGCCGCUGUACUCAACGCGCGACGACCUGAAGGAUAUCGAGAUGGUCGGGCGCAACGCGUACCUCUCGUUCGACAAGUCCGUGUUCCUGACCACAAUACAGCGGCAGCAGGGCGAAGACCAGGCUCCUUUCCGGCGGGCCUUGGAAGAACUGCGAAAGGCUGAUGUGUCGGUACCCUCCUGGGAGCUCCUCGCUUCGAGAUGCUCUGUCAAGCUCUCUCCCGAGGAGGUUGACAGCUUUGCCGAUGCGCUUCGCAUCUAUCCCACCAAGGCCCAGGUCGUCGAGUACAACCACCAACACAUGCUUGGCCUGGACAGCCCCGCCAUUCAGGUCGAGGCAAAGCAUGAGGGUGUUGGUGCGGAGAAGGUUGAAUCCUCAAAUGCCGGCAACUUGGCCAAGCGCUUGCCCUUGUGUGUUGAUUGCAGGGUGAUACUAACGCGGAAUUUGUGGGCCGACGUCGGGCUCGUCAACGGCGCACAGGGGACAGUCUACGACAUAUCCUGGAAAGAAGGUGCCGGGGUGCUGCGAGACCCGCCCGAGGUCAUCAUGGUGGCCUUCGAUGACUACGGCGGCCCGGCCUUCACGAUGCCGAACGGGAGCCGCUCCGUAGGCAUCACCCUGGACAAGGUCGUCUGCGAUAUCUCUGCGCCAGAGUUUGCUUCUGGCCUCUCCUACGUGGCCGUCUCGCGGGUGAAGACACUCGGCGGGCUGAUGUUUGAGCGGCCCUUGGACCACAGCAGGAUCUACCGCGAGACGCCAUCACGAGCUAUGGGGGUGGAAGGUGAGGAGCUCCGUAUAGAUGGAGAGGGUGAAGUGCUUCUUAUCAGUACACCACCUCCACGACAACUACCAGGGAAAUCGUAUUAA